CAACAACGCGCCCAUCCACGGACGCGCUCUUGACCUGAGCGACCAUGGCGAGCGCGUUCGUCAGACAACUCGCGAGGACGAGCCGCCUGGCGCGCUCUCCUCUCACAUCCGCGCGUGUGGCACCGCGUACCACCCCAUAUCUCUCUCAGAUUGCGCGCGCGAGCACAACCGCGACGGACGGUGCAAAGUCCUCCCCUGCAGCCGACAAAUCCGCCACCCAGGACUCCGAGUUCAAGGUCUCCUCCGAGGCACCUGCGCGCGAAGCCGAAGAAUCCGGCCCUCUCGACGAGCACACGGACUGGUCGAAGAGCUACUCGGGCUUGGGGACCAGCGCGUUCCCGAAGGAGGUGACGGAUGUGCUGCUGGCGCCGGUUGACCCUGCGGAUGUGGAGAUGAAGCCUGACGGCAUGAUCUACCUCCCCGAGAUCAAGUACCGACGCAUCCUGAACAAGGCGUUUGGCCCCGGCGCGUGGGGGCUUGCACCGCGGAGUCCGACGAAUGUAGGCCCGAAGGUGGUGAGCAGGGAGUAUGCGUUGAUCUGUAUGGGACGUCUGGUCUCGAUCGCACGCGGGGAGCAGGAGUACUUCGACCCGUCGGGCAUCCCGACUGCAACGGAGUCCUGCAAGAGCAAUGCUCUGAUGCGCUGCUGCAAGGAUUUGGGGAUUGCAAGCGAGCUCUGGGAUCCGCGAUUCAUUAGGGAGUUCAAGGCGAAGUACUGCGUCGAGGUUUUCGCCGAGCACGUACCCACGAAGAAGAAGAGGAAAUUGUGGCGCCGCAAGGACCAGGGCAAGUUCACUUACCCAUACCAAGAGUAGACUCUUUGAUGUCCUUCGCUGCCUUCCUAACGUCGAAUGCAUAUUAACCUCCUAUCCUCUGUUGUUUGCACUCCGUAGCAGUUCAAAAGUCCAUAAGCAAGAGGCUAUUUCACCCAAGUGCAUCAACACCGGGUCUCUUUCCCCAUGGCGGAUAGAAUACUCCGGGUUCGAAGCG